CUAGUUGUUCCUCAACAAUAUAAAGCUCAAGUUUAUGAUGAAUUUGUGAUUAAAGGUAACACUGCCGUCCUGCGAUGUCACGUUCCUACUUUCGUCCGAGAUUAUGUAUUUUUUGAGUCAUGGACAAGGGGUGACGAUGUUACUAUAACCUCUACAACUAAUAAAGGUGGGAAAUAUAUUAUUCUACAGACAGGUGAACUGUAUAUAAGAAACGUCAACCAGGGUGACAGUCUGAAGACCUACAGUUGUCAGACUCGACACAAGCUUACAAGAGAUGUGACUAGCAGUGCCACAUCUGGACGUCUUUUUGUCACGGAACCGCAUGGAAAUUCUCCUCCAAGAAUUACCGAUAGUCACUUAUUUGUUGCAGCUCGGGAAGGAGAAACAGUUCAGUUAGCCUGUGCUGCAGAAGCUUUCCCUUUACCUACUUACAGUUGGUACAAAGAAGAAGAUGGAGAAUUUAUCCCCUUGAGUGUUAAUCCAAGAACAAUGACAGUGGAUGGUAUUUUGGUUAUACAGUAUGUCGGUAGUCAUGACAGUGGAAAAUAUGUAUGUGUGGUUAAUAACUCUGCUGGAGAAGAGAAAGUCACAACGAUUCUCACUGUUUCCGCCCCAUUGUCUGUGUAUAUUUAUCCUCAACGGCAAGUAAUCGAUGUGGGAAAAGCGGCUACCUUCAAUUGUAGCAUCACUGGACAUCCAGUAACAUCUGUUGUAUGGAUGAAAGAUGGACGGCCUCUUACUGAAUCUGAUAGAAUAACAGUAUUAUCACGUGACAUAUUGCAUAUAUCCUCAGUGCAGAGAGAAGAUAAAGGCAUGUAUCAAUGUUUCGUUUACAAUAACAUAGAAUCUGUUCAAGGCACAGCGGAACUCAGGCUAGGAGACGUAGCUCCGGUUUUCAUAUAUACGUUUCUGGAAGAUACAAUGAAACCAGGAAACUCGCUAUCUCUAAAGUGUGCAGCCUCAGGGAAUCCACUUCCACAGAUAACUUGGUCACUCGAUGAUAAUGGAAUCCCUGAUCAUUUGAGGUAUAGAGUUGGCGAUUUCGUGACGUCAGAAGCUCACGUAGUCAGUUAUGUCAAUGUUUCCGAAGUACGAGUUGAAGAUGGAGGAGAAUAUAGUUGUUCGGCCAACAAUGUUGUGGAUACGAUUCGUCACUCAGCGAGAAUUAAUGUUUAUGGUCCUCCACUUAUUCGAAUGAUGAAGAACAUUUCUGUAGUGGCUGGAAACACUUUGACACUUAGAUGUCCUGUGGCUGGGUAUCCUAUCGAAUCAAUUAUAUGGGAGAGAGGUGGUUUAGCGCUGCCAGUUAAUCAUCGUCAGAAAGUUACACCUGAAGGAGUGUUGACAAUUGAAAAUGUACAGAGAAAUGCUGAUCAAGGAGAUUAUUCUUGUAUUGCUAAGAAUAGAGAAGGAGAAAAAGCUAAAGGAUCUGUUUACAUUUUUGUUCUGGUUGCACCUAUGAUUGAUCCUCAACCUUUACCACCAACUGUUUACGCUAACGAAGGAAUGAAGAUCAAAUUGAUGUGUAGUGUGUUGGAAGGCGAUCCUCCUGUUAGAGUGGUUUGGAUGAAAAAUAAUUACGCUGUCACUGUAGAAACAGAUGUGACCUUACAGCAUAUGGAAGAUUCGUCUGUUUUAGUGUUUCGAAAGGUGGCAUUCCGUCACAGUGGAAAUUAUACUUGUGUGGCUUCUAAUGUUGCUGCCACUACAAAUAGAACAACGGCAUUAGUAGUGAAAGUGCCUCCUCGUUGGGUAAUAGAGCCAUCAAAUGCAUUUGUUGUUCUCAAUCAUCAAGUGACUAUAGAUUGCUUAGCUGAUGGACAUCCCAAACCAAGAAUGUAUUGGAGAAUUGCAAAAGGCGAACAUCCUACCGACUUCCGUGAUGUCCUUUCAACCUACCAGAGGCGAGUUUACGACAAUGGCACUUUGUUAAUCCAGGAAGUUACCAAGCUUGACAGUGGCUUCUAUCUCUGCCAUGCUAACAAUGGCAUAGGAGCCGGUCUCAGUAAAGUUAUCUAUCUGACAGUUCACACGCCACCUACGUUUGAAACAAAGUUUGGGACUCAUACUGUUGCUAAAGGAGAAGCGGCCAUUUUGAAAUGCGAAGCCCUUGGAGAAUCUCCAUUGACAUUGACAUGGGAAAAAGAUAAACAAUUACUUGAUCCCGAUUCAGACAAAAGAUAUAAAGUAAAGGAAGAAAUUCUACCUGGAAAAUUGAUGUCAGUUUUAACAAUCGCUCAAACUGGUAGACUCGAUUCAGCUUUAUAUACUUGCAUUGUUACCAAUAAAUUUGGUUCCGACGAAACUAAUAUUCAGCUUGUCGUACAAGAAUCACCGGCAGCACCUGUUGAAGUAAAAGUUAAAGAAACUACAAGCAGAACAAUUUCAAUACAAUGGACUCCGUCUUUUCCAGGAAAUAGUAUUAUUACUAAAUAUAUUAUUCAAUAUAAAAAUCUAUCAGCCAGUUGGCAAGAUCCUGUGCAGAAAUUAUCGGUGAGUGGAGGAGAUCACUCGGCCACAAUUAGAAGUUUAAUCCCUUCAACUACUUAUAACUUACGUGUAAUUGCUGAAAAUAACUUAGGAUUGAGUGAACCUAGUGAAGCUGUCACUGGAACCACUGAUGAAGAAGUUCCUGGUGGUCCCCCUUUAGAAGUAAAAGUACAAGCAACUGGAUCUCAAUCGUUAAAAGUGACUUGGAAGCCACCUAGAAAAGAGCUACAAUAUAGCGUUAUACAAGGUUAUUACAUUGGAUACAAAAUAUUUGACUCUAGUGAUUCUUAUCAAUAUAAAAAUGUGGAAGCAACUGAAGGAAUGACAGAAGAAACAACUUAUUUAACUAAUUUAAAAAGACUCACUAAAUACAUAGUUAUAGUUCAAGCGUAUAAUAACGUUGGAGCCGGACCAAGAUCAGAUGAAGUUUAUGCUACAACUUUCGAAGCAGCACCUCCAACAUCUCCAGUGCUAGUAGCCAGCUCGACAACAACUUACUCAAUUAGUGUACAAUGGGAAAGACCACAAGAUGAUACUGGGAUUAGAGAUUAUAUACUACAUUAUAAAUCGGAUAAUGGAGAAUGGCAACAACAAAAACUUAGUACAAGCUCCAACCACUUUACUUUGAAAGGGCUCAAAUGUGGAACUCGUUAUCGGCUACACAUGACAGCAUCUAAUAGUUUAGGAACUGGAGAACCAAGUGAUUCAAUUAGUAUAAGAACUAAAGGUGCAGCCCCAGUAUCACCGCAGAAAGAAGUAUUUUUGUCCAUUAACACUACAUUCGUCAUUCUUCACUUGCAGUCCUGGCAGAGUGGUGGUUGCCCCAUACAAUAUUUUUCCGUCCUAUAUCGUCCCAAAUUUCAGAGACAAUGGAAGCAAAUAGCGGAGAGAAUAUCUGCUCAACAACAAUAUUUUGAAAUCAGACAUUUGGUACCUGGAAGAGAAUAUGUUUUGCGCGUUACAGCUCACAGUGAAGCAGGAACAACUGAGGCUGAAUACAUUAUUCAUACAUUAAAUCUAAGUAUAGUAGCACUACGUAGGAAAUAA